AUGCCCGCAUUUGCCACCGCUUCGUAUUGCUUCUACGAAGAGGACAGUGAGAAGCCCACCCCCCUUGCCCUGAAAAUCAGGAGCUUCUCCAUUCCGCAGUUGGCCCAGUUGCUGGCCGCCGACGCGAUCCAGCCCGAGUUCCGUAAGCAGGCUUUGAUAGAGAUUGGCAAGCGCGCUCUAGCAACGAUGGGCGCCUUCAAAUUCACUUGGGAGCAUCCAGACGUGAGCAACAGUUUCGAGUUGUUCGAGAAAGGCGCCAUCGACGCCACUAUCCAAUGCCUCAAGUCACAGGACGACGAAGUGCUCGAGCUGGCCUCUCGCGCCCUCAUCAACAUCUCCGUCGAUGAGCCCAGCAGGGACGACGUCUACGAUGGCGGUGGCAUCCCACUGUUGGUCAACCUACUCCAGCUACCCAACGAAAACAUACAGGCCAACGCUCUCUGGGCUCUCAUCAACCUCACCAACAACGACGCCAACAAGGAGAGCGUGUGUGAGGUGCCCCAGGCCAUAAUCUGGGUGGUUGGCCUCAGCGGCGGCAACCCCCACCUGCAGGCCUACGCCCUCAAGCUGCUCGCCAACCUGUCGGAAUCCGCGACCAACCACGGGUGCAUGCUGGACUCGUCCGUCACGGUGCCCCUGCUCAAGGUCCUGGUCACCUCGCGCAACAUGUCCCUCAUGUCCUACGCGCUCUUCUACUUUCGCAACCUCGCCAAGACCGUGGAGGGCAGGGAGGCCGUGCUGGCGGCGGCUGGCCUGAAGGUGUUCGUGCACCUGCUCAAGACCUAUUCGAGCCCGCAGGUGCGAGGACCCGUGCUGCUCAUUCUCAACACCCUGGCCCACCACCACCAAGAAGCCACACUCCAGAUGCUCAAGCUGGGUGCCCUGCAGCCCCUCAUGCAGACGGUCCAAGCCGGUCAAGAUGCCGUGAUCCUCUUGGCCCUCAACUUGCUCAAGACCUUCGCCGCUGACGCCCGCACGCACAAGGUGCUGGUGCGGGUGUUGGCCGAUGGUGGUCCCUCCCUCAAGUCGUUGCUGGCCCUGCAGCAGCCCAAGGCCCCCACGCUGCUCGCCCAGUUGCUGCAGACCCUCAUCCCACCCGAUUGGAGCAGCACGGAUGACCAGAGCGCGCGUGCGGUGUUGGACACGGUCCUGGAGUGUCUGGCCGAGGCACGAGUGCGCCCCGACGUGCAGGAGAGCAUACUCCUGAUCUUCCUCCCCAUGGCCAAGCUCGGGAACGAGUACGUGCUGCAGGACCACGCUCUGGCGGCGUUCGUGGGCAAGGCCUCCUCCUCCUCGGACGUGGCCGUGCAGCAGAGGGCGCUCCACCUGCUCGCCCUGCUCGCCCUCAACCCGGGUGGGCGGCUGCGGAUGGCCAAGAUCGGGGGCCUGAACAAGCUGCUCACUAUCCUCGCCAAUCCCGACGACGACCCCACUGUACUCACUCUGGCCCUCCUCGCCCUACAGAACCUCCUCCUCGACGCCCAGCUGCGUGACAUUGUGAUCAAGACGCAGCGAUUGCGUCUGGGGCCGUUCCUGCAGGCCACGGAGCCGUCGGUGGCGGGGGCCGCCCAGCGCCUGCUGCAGUCGAUCAAGGUCUCGCUCGAGGCCAGCGUCAGGUCCAAGGAGCCCCUCCCCAAAGCGGCGGCGGCGGCCAAGCCGCGAGCAUCCCCGACCGCCAACCGCGGGGGCAGCACCAUCAUCCGCAGGCCCGCACAGCCGCCAACGCAUUCGAAGCAGCCGCGGACGGCACCAACGACCGCCGCCGGCAGCGGCCCCGAGGAGGAUGGCGGCGAAGUGGUCCCCAAGCGAGAGCCGGGAGACGACAAAUCAGCGAAAGCGUCGUCGUCGGAGCAGCAGGACGAGCAGGAGGAGGAGGAGGAGGAGGAGGGCAGGAGCAGCAGCAGCAGCACCCCUCUGGAGCUGUUCCGCAGGCGGUCCUCCCAAUUAUCCCUCUCCACGCCACGCGUCUGA